UCGAUACGAGGGAACUGAAACUCAUACAAGGACAAAUGAUCCAAACAAUUUUAAUUGUUCAGUUUCAGAAGAGUAUUUAAUAUUUAUACUCUGUAGAUUACGUAGAGAGGUUAUUGCUGUUGUGGAUAAUCCGAACCCUUGAAUUGAAUGAAUCGAAGAAUGGGUUCCAGUUCAUCCAUUAAUAAUAAAUCGGAGUGAGCGUUCUGAGUUGCCGGUGGAAGGAAGCUUCAAAGUCUCGUACAAGAAACAAUUAAUGGAUGAAAAGAAAAAGGAGGAGGCGGUGUGCGUGACUGGAGCCAAUGGCUUCAUAGGGUCGUGGUUGGUCAAGACAUUACUGGAAGAGGGCUACACCCGCAUCCACGCCUCCAUCUACCCUGCCUCCGAUCCCUCCCACCUCUUCUCCCUCCCCGGCGCCGACUGCCACACUAUCACGGUCUUUGAGGCCGACCUCCUAGACGCCGACGCCGUCGCCAGGGCCGUCCAGCACUGCCAGGGUGUCUUCCACGUGGCUUCCCCCUGCACCCUCGACGACCCCACCGACCCCCAGGCUGAGCUGGUGCUGCCCGCCGUGCAGGGCACCCUCAAUGUGCUCCAAGCCGCCUCGAAGUUCGGAGUGAGCCGCGUCGUCCUCACCUCCUCAAUCUCUGCCAUGGUCCCCAACCCCUCUUGGCCUCCUCACAAGCCCUUCGACGAGUCCUCUUGGACCAACCUCGACUACUGCAAAGCCCGCCAGAAAUGGUAUCCGGUGUCGAAGACAGAGGCAGAGAAAGCAGCUUGGGAGUUUGCAGAGAAGCAUGGACUGGAUGUGGUAGCCAUCCAUCCGGCCACAUGUCUUGGGCCUCUCCUGCAGCCUAGCCUCAAUGCAAGCUCUGCUGUUUUGCUCAACUUGCUCCACGGAUCCAACGACACCCAAGAGCAUCACUGGUUGGGGGCUGUCCAUGUCCAAGAUGUCGCCAAGGCACAAGUUUUGCUCUUUGAGUCUCGUGCUGCUUCUGGCAGGUACCUCUGCACCAAUGGCAUCUUCCAAUUCGCUAACUUUGCCCUCACUGUCUCCAAACUCUUCCCUCAGUUUCCCAUUCACAGGUUUAGCGGGGAAACCCAGCCAGGGCUAAAGGAAUGCAAGGAUGCCGCAAAGCGAUUAAUUGAGCUGGGGUUGGUGUUCAAACCAGUUGAAGAUGCUGUGCAGGACACAGUGGAGAGCCUCAAAGCGAAAGGCUUUUUGAAGCCGGAAAUAUCACCAUCAAACUCAAAAUAGAGAUGGCAGCGAACAUAAUAAUAAUAAUAAUAAUAACAACUUAGUACUAUUUCUCUCUAGUUAUGACUUUUAUGAUUGGUUUAUGUUUUGUUUGAUAAUUGUGAUUUAUAAUAUAUUUAAAAGUAUUGAUGAGGGUCA